CCUGGAUCGGCGCUGGACGCCCUUGGCGACGCCUCCGGCGCCGCCCCUGGCGCGCUCCGCGCGCGAUGGAGGGAGGUCCAGCGCCGGCCAAAGAAAUCUGCACGGACCUCCGAAAGUUUAUGCUCAUGUCGUCGUCCAGGCGUAGCCAUUUUGGCUCAAUUCGAUUUUUUCUGGUCCGCUCAGCUCGAGCUCGACCUCCUCUCCGCGGCGCGGCGCGCGACCUCCCGUCCUGACCAGCGCAUCAAUGCCGAUAACGAAGGUCACCGCCCGACAGAUCUUCGACUCCCGAGGGAAUCCCACCGUGGAGUGCGACGUGACCACCGCGAACGGGACCUUCCGCGCCGCCGUCCCGUCUGGAGCGUCCACGGGCGUCUACGAGGCGCUGGAGAUGCGCGACGGGAUCAAGACCGACUACAUGGGAAAGGGCGUUCUCAAAGCUGUCGAGAAUGUGAAGACGACGAUCUCGGCAGGAAUCUGCGGAAUGGACGAGACGGAUCAGAAGGCCGUGGACAAGAAAAUGGUGGAGGAGUUGGACGGUUCUGUCAACGAGUGGGGCUGGAGUAAGGCCAAACUCGGCGCCAAUGCCAUCCUUGCCGUCUCCAUGGCCGUGUGCAAGGCGGGUGCCGCCGCGAAGAAGGUGCCGCUGUACGAGCACAUCGCGGCGCUGGCAGGGAAUUCGUCGGAGGAGAUGUACCUCCCAGUCCCCGCCUUCAACAUCAUCAACGGGGGUUCGCAUGCCGGCAACAAGUUGGCAAUGCAGGAUCGGGUUCAUGAUCCUUCCAGUGGGUGCAAAGUCUUUCACCGAGGCCAUGAAGAUGGGAAGCGAGGUUUACCACCACCUCAAGGCCGUCAUCAAGAAAAAGUACGGGCAGGAUGCCUGCAACGUUGGCGACGAAGGUGGUUUCGCACCGAACAUCUUGGCGAACGAGGAGGGUCUCAACCUCGUGGUCGAGGCCAUCGAGAAGGCUGGGUACACUGGAAAGGUGAAGAUCGGCAUGGACGUGGCGGCGUCCGAAUUCUACACCGAAGAUAAGAUGUAUGAUCUGGACUUCAAGACCGAAGGGGACGCCAAGGACAAGUCGCAGAAGAUAUCUGGCGAUAAGCUCACUGAGAUGUACAAGAGCUUCUGCGCGAAUUACCCAGUCAUCUCCAUAGAGGACCCGUUCGACCAGGACGAUUUCGAUGCCUACGGCAAGAUGACCACUUCUCUCGGGGUGAAGUGCCAGGUCGUGGGCGAUGACCUGCUGGUGACUAAUCCCAAGCGCGUCCAGAAGGCGAUCGACGAGAAGGCCUGCAACGCGCUGCUGCUGAAGGUGAACCAGAUCGGCUCGGUGUCCGAGUCCAUCGAGGCGGUGGCCCUGGCCAAGUCGGCUGGCUGGGGCGUCAUGACCAGCCACCGGAUCGCGGCGAGACGGAGGAUUCUUUCAUCGCGGAUCUGGCGGUCGGGCUGGGCACCGGCCAGAUCAAGACGGGUGCGCCGUGCCGGUCCGAGCGGCUGGCGAAGUACAACCAGCUCCUCCGCAUCGAGGAGGAGCUGGGCGCGAAGGGGAAGUACACCGGCGACGAGUACAGGCUGCCCAAGGUCCGCCGCCUGAAGUGAGCGGCGCCCGCGAGCGGCGCCCCACGGCCGUUGCCUCGCAGGGAGAGCAGGUGCUCCCCAGCGGCACGGCCCGGCAGUGCUGCCAGAAGCACUCGGUGCCUCUGGGCCUCGCGGAUGGGGAGUCCUCUGGUCCCGCCGUUGCGGCGCCCAUUGCGUCAGAGCUGCAGUUGCGGCAGGUUCGCGACGGGUCGGCGCGGCGGCGACGCCGGCGCGGGCGCUCAAGGCUGAACGCCGCCGGUGGCGCGGAGUUGGCCGAUCUCGAGCGAUCUGCGCCGUCGGAGGGCCGCGAUCGCUCGAAGCUGGGCGGUGGUCCGCGCGGCGUCGGAGACCGACGCCAAGGUCGUCGCGGCACAAACUUGCCGUGUCCUUUGCUUCGGGGUCGUGCCCCAGGACGUCCAGGCCGCCCCUGCAGGCGGGGAAAUAUACAUGUCCGUCGCUGCCCAGGGACCUUGGCAGGACUCCAGAGCUUCUGGACACAGAUGCUGCGCGGCGGCGCGCGACUGGGCAAGUCUUUGUAUGUACCCCGACCUUGGUGGAGCCGGGCACAGGGCUACCCAUCGUUUCUAGCGGUUGCGCUUUGACGGAUCGUCUUGUUGAGGAGAAAAAUGAA